GUCCCUGGGGGACUGUUAGCUAGCUCCAGGCUGUUAUAAAGCACGUCAGUCAUCCCGCCACUUUGAUUUUCUUCAGUUUAACUGUUUGAUAUUUUGGCCAGAUAAACAGUAUGCACUGGGAGAAAUCUCAACCCUCCUCUGUGGGAAGGUCUCGGCCAUAUCAAGGAGUCAGAGUCCGGGACCCAGUUAAGGAGCUGCUCAGGAGGAAGAGGAGCCUGGAGCAUCACAGUGGCAAGACAACACAUACCACAGCUGAUGCGGUGGUUCAGAACAAUCAGUCAUCUUUUACACAAGAUGUUGCCAAUGCAUCGUCGUCUGAGCAGUCGGCUGGAACCACAGACGAAGGGCUGCAGUGUGCAGGGUGGAAAGCUGCUCCCUCUGUCACCAACACCGGGCUGCAGCCUGCUGUGAUGCCGUGGUCUUCAUCCGACUACAACCAGCAUGACUCUGCAGCUCAGACCCUGGCCUACCCUACUGCCACCACCCUUACUGCUGAUGUGUACAUGCAGACCUUGUGUCCCAGCUACACCAUGCUGACCUACACACACACACCACUGCUCACCAACUUUGGGACCAUACCCGUGGCUCCAGGUCCAGCCUCUCUUGCUCAGAUGGAGCUCCCAGACUCAGGGCUGGCCUAUCCCUUAUGGGCACAGCCUCUUACCACCAUAUCGGCCAUGCCGAAUCCCGGUGUCCAGUUUCCUCCAGGUUCUGCAGCUCUGCCUGGAUCCCCUUUGGUUCACAUGCCUUUACCCAUGUCUUUGACCACUAUGAUGUCUCAGCAAGAGACCCAGGAGAUGGAUCCUCACCCUCAGAUUCUGGACAUCCCACAGCACUCAGAGCAUGAGCUGGACCCAGAAGCUCAAGAUCAGUCUCUAAACGAGGAUCCUGAAGAAGAGCCAGAAUCUGCUAACCUGCUGGAUAAACUUCUGGAGGAUCAGAAGGGGCAUGAUGAAGAAGAAAACAAAGAUUCGUACUCCAGUUCCCUGUUCUUACCAAAUGUCUGAAAAAAUGACUGUUGAUUCUGAUGAAAAGCAUUUCUUUUCUUUUUUUUUUUUUGCUCAGUGGUCAUAUGCUUACAGACAUUUUUAGCAUACUUGUAAUUCUUGCUUAAGUAAAAAAAAAUGCACAUGUUAAAAACUGUUUGUAGCUCAUUUCUGUAGUUGCAGCUGUAAAAACCUCCUGAAACUAGGCCGUCUCAUCUCAAACACCGGGAUAUCCCACAGUUGUAUAGUUGUUAGUUUUCAAACUACUGCUUUGUGUAUAAUUGAAAGAAACUGAUGCAGAAUUUUCAACAUUUUU